CUAGAUGAUCACGCUUCGUCAAACUUCCAUUAAAAGAAAUGCGUUGCAAUGAUUGAAUGCCCUCAAUGUAAAAUAGUUCUAGUCUUGUCUGUUAUGAGAGCUUAAGUAGCCUUGAACUGUAUGUUGAUAUUUUCCAUAAGUCUUCUAGUCGAAUCUGUCGACGAUCCUUGGUUCUACAUGUUCCUUCUCAGAUUUGUUCCAUACAGGGGUUUACAGGUCUCAUGUAGAAUGGCAGAGACAGCGGUGCGAAACUGCAGCCCUAAGCGUCCUGGAGUUGGACUUGGUGUAAUCGUCACAGAUUCACUAAACCCGUGUUGUGUCCUACUGGGUAAAAGAAAAGGUAUCGUGGGCAAAGGUACUUAUCAGUUACCCGGUGGCCACAUAGAGUUUGGAGAAACAUGGGAGGAAUGUGCACAGAGAGAGGUGAUGGAGGAGGCUGGGGUCCAUCUGAAGAACCUACAGUAUGCAUCUGUGGUGAACUCCAUCAAGCUAGAGGAGAAUUACCAUUACAUCACUGUCUUUAUGCAGGGUGAACUGAACAGGGUCAUCUCAAAAGAGCCUGUGAAUCUUGAACCUGAAAAGAAUGAAGGAUGGCGUUGGGUACGAUGGGACAAUUUCCCCCCUGAAGAGCAACUUUUCCUGCCUCUGGCUUGUCUAAGGCAACAAGGAUACCAUCCAUUCAAAGGCAUUCCAAAUGGAACAUAAACCUCUGGAAAUGGUCUUUAAACCUUAAUGAAAGACUUGAACAUCUUCCAAGCAACACUGUCAGAAACUGUUCAUGUUUAUAGCAUCUCUCAUAAUGGGGGAUGUCAACCAAGACAUUUGUGAGACAUUGGGUCUGCACUCUUGCAUGGAAUUUUAACCCUCAGUUUGUUCUCUGACUUGACUCUCUGACUGAGUAUCUGCCUAAACCAGCACAGUUUUCCAUUCAUGGAUUAAGCCAAGUCCUGGGCCUAAAGGGAACUUUUUCCCUUCAGGGAACUGAUUUUUGUUUUUAAAGCAUAGUCUAAUUAAUCCAUGUAUUGAAAACAGAUCCCUAGAGCCUGUGGGAGGUGACAUUCAGGACUUAUAGCCACAAAGGAUUGCUUUGUGGCGAGAAGUCAGGAAACUUUUAUUACAACAGUAAUGCACACCAUAUAUUUUGUAAUAAAUAAACAUU